AUCCGAAUCACUCAACCCACAAAAUCAACUAUCAAUCAAAAAAUGACAGAAAGAAACAAAGUAGUCAUUCGACAUUUACCACCAGCUUUACCCGAAGAAGUAUUCUGGAAAACUCUUUCACCUUGGAUCGAUCCUAUCAACGAAUCUACACCUGCUAAAUGUUUAGUUACUUAUAAAUCGUUUAUUCCUGGUAAACUAAGACAAAAUAAAGGAAAAAUCGAUUUACCUUCAAGAGCUUAUCUUUAUUUUUCAAGUGUUGAAGAUUUAGUUGAAUUUCAUCAUGGUUAUGCUCAACAAGCUUUUCGUGAUAGUAGAGGUAAUAUUACUGUACCUAAAAUCGAAUUCGCACCAUUUCAAAAGAUUCCAACCCAAGUCAAAAAACUAGAUCCACGUUGUGGAACCAUUGAUUCUUCUCAAGAUUAUCAACUUUUUCUUAAAAAACUUGAAUCACCUUUAAAUCAAGAAACAGAAGAUGAUUCAAACCAAUCCAAUCUAACUGAAGAUUCAACCAAACUAGAAAUUCCCAAAAUCACACCCUUAAUCCAACACUUACGAUCACUAAGAAAAUCAGCACAAGAAGCCACAACGGCUCAAAAACUACAACAACGCAAUACAACUACUACUUCAGCUUCCAAAGUUUCUUCUAUUAAAGACCCACACGAUUUACCUCCUCAUCAGCUUAUCAAACGAGCACCAACUAGUUCGAAUCAUCAAUCUCUUCCUCUUACUACUAAACCAUCUAAAUCAAGACCCGUUCCUUCUUCCUUUAAACCAUCUAAAGGUAAUCCUACGACAUCUAAUGUACCUAAAUCAACGGGAACAUCUAGUGUUCCAAAACCAUCAGUUAUAGAUCCAGUAGAACCUAAACCUCAAACAGCUCCUUCGAAACCCAAACGAGGUAAAAGAGCCAUCGAUCAAGCCUCCCAAAGUAAACCCAUAACAGAUCCUUCAGGAUCCAAUAAUCCUAAACCGAUUCCGAUGAAGAUCGUCUCAAGACCCAAAGAAAUCUUGCUCAAACCUAGUGGAUCAGGCUCGGUACCUGUCUCAACUGAAAGUUUUAAGACUUCAAAAGUAGGAAACCAAGAAGUUAAUCUUCAUCAACCCAAUCCAAACUUAUCUCAAGAAGGAAAACCUAGUAGUAAGAAACCGUAUCCCAAAGGAUCUUCAUCAACUUCACGACCGAACCCUUCUAAACGAAACCAACCGUCUACCCCAACACUUGGUACGAGUACACCACCCACCGAAACUCGUUCUACAAACGAGACGAAAAGUGCUGCGACUAGUACUACUAAUCCUAGAGCUAGGGGAACUGAAGAAUCGGCUGGGGCUAGAAGAAGGUUGGGGAUGGCUUUAGCUGGGAUAGGAGGAACUAAUGAACGGAAAAGUUCUAGAAAAGACACACCUAAGAAUGUACCUAAUCCUUGAGUGUUUUCUUUGGUUUACAAUUGGUUUGAAUGAGUUUGGAGAUUUUGGUUGAUAAAAGAAUUAUGAGUAUGCAUUAUCAUUAUGAUCAACUUGAUUGAAUUUUUGUAUCAUCAAGGAUCAAUAGCUUUAUAUUUUAGAUGAGUGUAAAUUUGAAUUUGGUUAUUGAUUAUUAUUUUGUAUUUUUUUUUUGUGAAGGUUUUGUAAGAUGAAAAUCAAAAUUAAAGGUUUUUUUUGAUUGGGUU